GGGUGAAGGGUUAAUUUGUAGCUGGGGAAACCUGAUGCUAAUUAAGUCUCAGGAAUGCCACAUACACUGACAUUAUAGUGCAGAAGCCCUCAGAGUGGAUCAGGCAUGGAGAGAGCCGGCAGUAAUGCGUGAGUCCAGUGUUUUUACUCCUUUGUGACGGUCGGGAAAAGCCAGCCUCACUAAACCCUGGAGCUGAAGGUAAUGUGCACAGAUGAGCUGCCAAGUCUGUAAAGUUUGUUUCAGUUGUGUGAGAGGCAGAGUAAGCCCACAUAUUAGAUGCGAAAAUGCUUUUACUGACAUCUCUGCUGUUGCUGCAACUCUCCUGGGUAUCGCUGCACAACGCCGCGCAAGCUGUAGCGGAGAUUUGCCGGGGGACGCACUGCUAUGGCGGAGACACCGGCGAUCCAAGACCGUGCACCGGGGCGCACUGUCCGGGGAGCCGAUCUUCCAGACCCCCGCGGCAGUUUAACCCGUCAACGCAGGGGAAAACGGCUCAUGUAGCCGCCGGCCAACACCGCGUGUACCCGAGCUCUCCAAGAGCGGCAUCGGAGACUUUUCCAGGCGCCCAGCUGCUACUGCGCGGGCGGCACAGCGACGGCAGCACUCGGAGUGCGCCUGAAGUUUUACCUGCAGGAUGCACCGAUGCGGAGUGCGCUGUUCAUGUGAGACAAUUUCAACCCGGCAAUGACACCAGAGACUGUAAAGGGAUCGAGUGCAGACUGCCGCUGAGGAUACGGCCAAAAGCUCGAGCAGUGGCUUGUGUGGGAGAAGGAUGUCUGGCCGGUUCAGAGGAGAGCGUGCCUCCUGUACAUCUGUCGGACAGAGCCGCGCAGUUUCUGGGGGAUUUUCCGGAGUUUGGAUAUCCAUCGUCGGAACUUGGCGCAGCGCCUUUAGGUGUCCAGCUUACAUGUGAUAUCAAGCCAGGGGAGAAUGAAGUUCCUUCAGAAGAUGCCCUCAUCUUGCACCUCCAGCUGUCCAAGGGGCAGGAGAAGCUUGUGGAGGCCCUGAGAGCCCAGCAGAUUAUCAUCCGUGAUCUGCAGCAGAAGCUUGCUGACCAACAGGAGGCCCUGCUGUCACAGCAGCGUGAAAUCCUGGAGCAGCAGCAGCGAAUGUAUGAGCAAAUGGAUGUGGUGAAGGCCCAGUACGGUCUCCUCUCAGACACCUUCAAACAGGUUUCCUUCCAGGGCCUGAAGGGCGAGCUGCAGAGCUACUUCGAGAGCCAGCUGGCUGGACUGCAAAGCCAAGCCCGCAGCCACCUGCAGAAAUCCUACGCCGUCCACAAAGCGGACAUCAACUCUAAGGUGAUGGAUGUGGUUGGGGAGGCUCACUUUCCUCAGCCUCUCCUGGGAUGUCCUUCACCCUGUGGAUCAGAGGAGUACUGUGACUUUCAAAAGGACCCAGCUCGGUGUGAAAAGUGCACCAUGUGUCCACCAGGUUUCUUCCUCAUCUCACAGUGCUCUCCAACUGCGGACAGAAUAUGCCAGGACAGAGACGAAUGCCUUGAAUUACCAAAUAUUUGUGGAGAGCGAGUGAAGUGCCUUAAUACUCCAGGGGGAUUCAGGUGUCUGGGCAUUUCUGAGAGAGACGCAAUAAUGGGCUUGUGCGGUCAUGAAUAUUUCUACAACCAGGAGCUGCAGGAGUGCCAGGCCUGCUCUGACUGUGACGGAGAGCCUGUCACUGUUCCCUGUACAGCAGUCAGUGACACCAUCUGUGGCCAGCUUUCGGAGACCCGGCUCUCUGAGUCUUGGAUGGCGAAUGUGGCAGUUCCCCCUGCCAGAUCAUCUGGCACCCACAUCUUUCCUGGGCUUCAGCUAAACAUACGAAGCAAAGAAAAAAGCGAUUUGCUGUCCAACCAGGUGGGCCAGUUGACCUUCCAGCAGCACGGGCUGGUGUGGUUGGAUCAUAACUUUGCAAUAAAGCACAGUUGCAGGAACUUCCUCCAGUUGGGGAUGAGGCUAAAUGGGAGCCAGGAAGAGGAGGGUAAGGACCUCAGCGGUGUUCGCAUCGAACAACCGGAUGGGAAGUAUUUCCAGGGGGUCAGCGUCAGUACCGGGGUGGAGGUGGAGCCUAACCACAGCUUCACACUGCUGUUGAGGAGUCCAAAUCAACAUUGCAAUCAGAGCAAAGAUCUUCACGUGUAUGAUGCUGCAGGGCCCUCUUUGAGUCUGCUCUGGUUGUCUCAUGAUACUGGUGCUGUAGCUAUGACAGCUCAGAUGUCCCUGCUGAUGCACUACCAGACCAGCUACCGCCCAACUUUCCGCAUAACCUCAGUUUCAGACCCCUACAUGAUCAGCCUGACUCAUGACAACCGUGGGGUACGCUUCACCGAGCGCGGAGUGGUCAAGUUUGUCCUUCAGCAAGCACUUUACUCCAUGGGGCACACCUGCGUUCGAGAGGGUUUCUCCUUGAUUGCCUAUAUAAACCGCAACGGAACCGGCCAAGAGGUGAUGCAGGCUUUUAAGACUGGCGUUAAUUACAGGGACACUUCCAUUACACUCUCAGGUGCUGUGAGCGUGGACAGUGGAGACAUGCUCAACUUUGAGAUCACAUCCCCGUCUCAGUGCAACGUCCGCUAUUUUGGGGACAGCACUGGAAUCAGUAUUUUGAGUCUUAUCUGGAUUCCUUCAGCAGUGUCGUCAGCCUUUACGGCUACUGUGUCCAGGACCGGUCUUCCCUUUGGAGCGGUGAGGAAUAAACCUCUAUUGUUCCAGCAGAUCAGCCCAGAUACACCACAGGUCCACUUGGCCCGCUCUGGGGAGCCAAACAGCCGGAAGAACUUUAUAUUCCGUGAGAAAGGAACAGUGAACAUAGCUCUCAACCUCAAGCUGAUCCACUCUUGUAAUAUAGUAAAACUCACUCUGCAGCGGGUAGGGGGUCAGGGCAAGCAGGCUGGUCCUGUGGCUCAGCAGGUGUCAGGAUCUAUGCCUGAAGGAAGCGAGUGGGCCAGUGUAGGGCUGAGAGCCUCAUUUCAAGUCCAGAAUGGCACGGCUCUGUACGUCACGCUGGACUGCAUCCGUGGACGAAUUAACCAGAUAGCACACGAGGGCGGCACUAACAUUUCAAUUCUCUGGGUGGCAGUGUGAUCCAAGAAGGGGCUGAGCUUUUCUCAUCAUCAUUUUGUGGAAAAAGACAGUUUUGCACAUGUUGAAGGACAAAUACGGGCUAAUAAAAUGUAGUCUUCUUUUCCACAUAUCCUGUCACAUUAUCUUUAAUGUAUAUUUCUGCACCUGUAUAGACGUUUAUGAUUAUUUGUUUUGUAGGGUGUAACACUUAGAUGCUAAAAGUACUGCUUUUUGCUUGAAGUACUUCGGCUGGUUGAGCAGUGACCAAUUCUACAUCAAAUGUCUGAAUGUGUGAGUGUGUGUUUGUCUGUAUGUGUAAAUGGUGUGGAUACUUGGAAAUGGUGCUUAUGUAUGUCUGUGCAUAUGUACACACAUAUUGGCAUGUCUACUUUUGCGUAUGAAUCAUUUAAUAUGUAUAUAUUAAUACUUAACAUCCAUAUUGUAUUAAACCUUUUUGUAUUGAAUUAUGAGGUUGUUAAAGCAGUAUUUUAACAUUUGGGGAAAUGCAGUGAACCAUUUUCUGGAGGGCAGUUUCAUGAGUGGACCAGUGCAAACCUAGUAGUUAGUUAGCUUAGCACAAAAACCUCAAACAGGGGAAACAGCUGACCUGGUAUUAGCCAACAGUAUGGAAAUGUAUUAGCAUCUCUAAUACACAGCAGCAUUUAACCAAAGGAACAUCCCCUGCUUCAUCCAUCUGUGUCUACAGCAACCUGCAGGACCACCUCCAAGGGGACACCCCCUGCAGCAGUUAAAUAUCUGUGACUCUCCAUCAGUUUUUAGAAUCGACAAAGCCACUUAAAUGAAAGUUAAAAUGUCUUCUUUCAUCAGAAAGAAGUCCUGUUGCCUUUAUUUCAAGCGCUUUAGUCAUUCUAACCGUGUGAACCUUUGCAUCCUCAGAGACACAGAAACUGCAACACCUUUAACCUAUCAAAUGUGUUAAGUCACAGCAUUGCAUUGUGGGGCACCCACACUUUGGCAGUUCUGUGGGCUAGCACAGAAAACCUGGAAGCAUAUAAAUACGCUUCAGUUCCAAAUAAAAUGCAGGUUGUGGAGGUGUUAUUUGCUUUGAUUGGUAACUUCUUGGCUUGUGGAACUCACUAGUCAAAAUCACUUGGCAAAUGCUCAGAGUUAGGAAAUAACCCCUCAUAAAGCAGCUAAAUUACACAUUAGUUUUUGCUGAGUUGCUCCGUUAAGAUGGAUGUAGUCGUCUUGAUGUCAUCAACUGAACUUUUUAACUCUUGUUUAAUAGGCUUUUUUGUAGGGUCUUGGCACCAUUGUGUUGGAGAAGUCCGGUUCAGUCACUUCUAGCUAGCAGAGAUAAACAGCUAAUAGCUCCAGCUGCCUGUGUUGGCAUUCACAUGUAGCAAUUCAGUCAGCAUUGCACAGACAUCAUGAAGAGGCACCAACUUAGGAUGUUAUUAGUCUGUUUAAAGGACAUCUAAGAAAACCAGUUUUUGCAUGAGGCUGUGAACAUCUCUACUGUGAACAAGUGUUUUAAGUGGGGAGUUGAAGCUAGCCUCGAGGCUAACUUGAGGAUCUGGAGUUUCUGGCACUUCUACAGUAGCUUAAUUUUCUCAGCCCUUGACGGCUCUGCUUUUUUGUUGUAAUGAUUAAACAAACACAAUUUAACUUGUAAAUUGUUGAGCUUUGACAAUACUGGCAGGCUGUUUUUUUUAACUACUGCACAAAACCAAGCCAGCUGUUUCCCUCUGUUUCAGUCUCUGUGUGUAGCUAAACUAAGCUAAUUUCAUAGAUAACACACCGAUAUGAGAAUGCUAUCAUUGUUCUCAUCUAACUUCCUUUCAAAAUAUGGUAAUUUGCUGAAAUAUAUAAAAAAUAGUCUCGCCAAAUCUAUUGUAGUACCAUUUAAAAGAGCAGGGAUUUAAAAAAAAAUGUUGUUUUUGGUAUUUAUUUUACGAAACAGGACCUUUGUAUUUUGCUGUGGAAUGCAUAUGAAUUGUUAGGUAUGAUAAAACAGUAAAAAUAUGUAUAGUAUGGAGUAAAGCACUGAGUAGACAUGUAGUGAUAGUGUCUACUUGUACACAUGUAGUUUUGCGUAGUAUUAUGGAAUAUGCAAACAUCUUCCUUUGUUAUUCUUUUGCCUAAACGCUGUUCCUCUGUAAAGAGCUGCCCAUGCAUAUCCCUCCUAAUUGCCUCUGUGUGUGUUCUGUCCUCUGAACAAUUAGGCAUAAUUAAGUGUUUCAGAGAGCUGGCAGCAAAGGCGCCGCUGAAAUUCUUCACCUUUUUUCUCACUUCUUUGCACGCGGUGAUAUUUUUGAGGUGCUUUUAGACUCCCUGCAAGUUUCUUGUGGAACAUCAGUGUAUUUACAGUAUUCUGGUUCAACACCAAAUAAAAUAUACAUAUAU